UAUUUGCUUUUACUUAGAGAGAAAAAAAAAACCUUACUUAGAAAAAUACAACUUGGGUGUAGUACCAUGUGGUGUAAACAACUGAACUAUUUUACUUUUUACUUUCCUAUGAAUGAGCCAGUAUAUAUUUAUUACUGGAGUUCCAGCUAUAAAAUUCAGGUAAGGGGUUUAAAUAUACCCUAGAGUAUUAUUUAAAAAUAAAUUUGUUUCUUUCAAAUAGGGUACCAGCCUUGGUCUAUGACAUUUGGGACAGAAAUUAAAAUAUUAAACUUUUAUUACCUAGUAAACUGAAAAUAAAGUAAAGGUUAAAUAAAUACAAAGCAGAAAAAAAUAUAUGUACAAAAUCACAACCCCUAAGAGGACAAACAGUCUACUGUUCUCUACUAUGAGUGCUUUAUCAGCAGUAGUAAUUCCACCGCAGGGGCAGAGCUAGUACUCAGAAAUGUAAACAAGUAUGUACUUUGUUUAUAUAAAGAAAUAUGCAGCAUGGUGUGUAUUUCUUUAUAGAUAUCAAACAGCUACAUGGAUUGUUUCAGUGCACCAGUAGGGGCCAGCAAAGAGUUCUUAGAGUUUUUCAGAACAGAAUUGGCAUUGAGAUAUGUUUAUUUGAUGUGCUACAUUCUUUUUAGACUUCUUUACUUACCAAAACACUCUCUUAAGUGAAUAAAUUGCAGAGACAGUGGGAUAAAAUAUCUUGUGUGCUCAAACUAUAUUGGGGCAUAGUUUUUCUGUCUAAUCUGCAUAUAUUUUUAAUGGAAUGUUUGCUUAUGCUAUUUCUUGGCAGAGUUUUAAUAGUCAAAAUAUAAAUGGCAUCAUUUAAAGACUGUACUACUUGGCUGGAAUAGGCCCCAAAAUUAUAGGAGAAAUGCUUGGUGACAGCUUCUCUUAAACUUUAUUUUUCCCUCUCAGCCUUAUGCUCAAUUUUUGCAAUAGUAUUACUAGGCAAAUUUUGUAUUUCUAUCCUUCAGCUUUCACUUUGUAUAAGAAGUGUUUUGGAAGCUAAAAUAUUUAUCUGUUUGAUCUCAUGCUAAAUUUUAAAUGCACACCACAGUUUUGGUAUUUCCAAAUUGCAUAACUGUCGGAACUUAUCUUAAAAGACGUAACAGUCUCUAUUCCUUUCUACAUUAACUAACUUGACUAGAUUCCUAGUAUGGCUACUAUUUGGAAAUUCAAUCCUCGAUUUGAUACUCAAUUACAUGGGGUUUCAUUCCUACCAACUUCCUGUAAUUCUAUCCCUAUGGGUAAAAAUAUUAGUGGUCAGACUGCGCUGGAGAAAGUAUAGGCACUGUGAUUCCCGUAGUUAAAUGUUCAUUUAAUAGAGCUGGAGUGAAAAAAAAAAUACUGUUUCAACUGGAAAUGCUAGAAGAUUGUUGUUCUUGUGUUACUCAUUCAUGCAAAUUGGAGAAGGUAUAAUUGAAACAAGGUUGGCAGUGUGCGACGCAGUGUGCUUGCUGCAGCUGAGCUCAGCUGAAAGGUCGCUGGAAAUCAAGUGCUUUGUAACUGAAGGCAUUUUGACUACAAGCAGUUCAAGACAUUUUGGAAGCGUCAGUCUCAGGAAUGGGUCGUCUUUUUCUUCCCGUGAUAUCUGGUAUCUAAUGUUUUACUUAGGGUAAAGCCUACUACUUGAGAGCCCUUUCAGGCACCACAAAUGAUUUUUUCUUUCGACGCAGUGCAGCUGCUUCUAGCCUGUCUACCGACAGAGAUCUUUGUUAUGACUUUCAGCCCUUAACAUGUUUGGAAAUGAGAACAAAUGGCACAAAGCUUACGAUUGCACUUUGCAGCCAGAAGAAGCAAUACUUUUCCUCUGUCAGAAACCUCCGGAGAUGAUCUGGAUAGCGAUGCUCACAUGGGCUUCAAACGACCCACGCGGAUUUCAACGUCCAACGUUGUUCAAAUGAAGCUGACUCCCAGACAGACUGCACUGGCUCCGUUAAUAAAGGAAAACGUGAAGUCUCAGGAGAGAUCAUCUGCUCCUUCACCUGAAAAUGUUAAUAAAAAGAGCAGCUGCCUCCAGAUUUCACUGCAGCCAACCAGGUACGGUAGCUGUCUUCAGUCCAGCAGUGCCUUAGCCGAUGGGGAGGAUGCUCCGUUUGCCUGUGUCAUGAAGGAUGCCAUUUACAGCAGUGCUGUGGUUGAUAAUGAACUGAAUGCUGUGAAUGAUGAUAGCUUUUUGAGCAGUCCUGCCAUUUGCAGCGGUAGCCUUAGUAACUUUUCGACCAGUGAAAAUGGGUCUUACAACAGCAACGGCAGUGAUUAUGGGUCAUGCACCAGUAUCACAAGUGGAGGCUCGUACACCAACAGUCUCGUCAGCGACAGCAGUGGUUACACUUUUCCGCCAACGGAUGAGACGUCUUUUGGUGGAAAUUUAUCUUCGGACAACACCUCCAAUAGAAGUGUGCCCAAUAGGAAUAUUACUCCGUGUGAAAUUUUCUCAAGAAGUACAAGCACAAUUCCUUUUGUCGAGGAUGACUUGGAGCAUGGACUCGAGAUUAUGACAUUGUCAGUGGGCAAAGACUCGAAAAUUCCACUAAAACGUUGUUCAUCCUUAGUCAUUUUUCCUCGGAGUCUUUCAAAUACGCCACCAACUUCAACAAGUACGGGUACUCUUCCAAGCAAAGGAUCCUAUCAAACCUCACACCAAUUUAUUAUUUCUCCUGGUGAAAUUGCUCACAGUGAAGAUGGUACUGGUGCUAAGGGAUUUCUCUCCACAGCUGUCAAUGGGCUUCGGCUAUCGAAAACCAUCUGUACUCCCGGAGAAGUAAGAGACAUACGACCACUUCACGGGAAGGGCUCAUCACAAAAGAAAAUGGUUAUUGCAAAUAAUAGUCCAAAUCAGACUGUUUUUGAAAAGUCAUCGGAAGGAUAUUCGUGUGUCUCAGUGCAUUUCACCCAACAGAAAGCAGCCACAUUAGAUUGUGAAGCUGCGAAUGGUGAUUGUAAACCAGAGAUGUCAGAAACUAAGCUUAAUUCUGAUCCAGAGUAUAUGAAGCUUACGGAUAGGACAUCCGCAUGUUUACCAUCCUUCCCAAAUGUAGAUUACCAAAGAAAUAGCAAUGGACAGUUGGAAAGACCAAAUUUACAGAUAAACAAAAACCAUGCUAUUUUACAAAGAAGUAUUUCAUUAGGAGGAACUUACCCAAAUGUUUCCUGUUUAUCCAGCCUUAAGCACAGUUGUUCUAAAGGGGGACCAUCUCAAUUACUCAUAAAGUUUGCAUCUGGAAAUGAAGGUAAAGUUGAUAAUUUACCAAGUGACAGCAGCAGACGUUUCACAAAUGAACUAUCUAAAUCUUCGAAGCAUUCUUGUAAGACAAGAGAUGAUUUUCUAGGUCAAGUGGAUGUUCCUCUUUACCCAUUACCGACAGAAAAUCCAAGAAUGGAGAGACCAUAUACAUUUAAGGAUUUUGUUCUUCACCCAAGAAGUCAUAAAUCAAGAGUUAAAGGUUAUCUGAGAUUAAAAAUGACUUAUUUACCUAAAACCAGUGGCUCAGAAGAAGAUAACGAAGAACAGGUUGAGGAAUUAGAGCCUGGCUGGGUUGUUUUGGACCAACCAGAUGCUGCUUGCCAUUUGCAGCAGCAACAAGAACCUUCUCCUCUACCUCCAGGCUGGGAAGAGAGACAGGAUAUUCUUGGAAGGACCUACUACGUAAACCAUGAAUCUAGAAGAACGCAGUGGAAAAGACCAACCCCUCAGGACAACCUAACAGAUGCUGAGAAUGGUAACAUUCAACUGCAAGCACAACGUGCAUUUACCACCAGGCGGCAGAUAUCUGAGGAAACAGAAAGUGUUGACAACCGAGAGUCAUCCGAGAAUUGGGAAAUUAUAAGAGAAGACGAAGGCAUCUUGUAUAGCGAUCGGGCCUUCUCAUCACCUCCACCAUCAAGCAGCUCGGAUGUUCAGACGCACCUUGCAGAAGAGUUGAAUGCCUUACUUACUGUUAGUGGAAAUUCAGCCACUGGCCAGCCAGUGUCCAGCUCAAAUCAUUCCAGCAGAAGAGGCAGCUUACAAGCCUACACUUUUGAGGAACAGCCUGCACUUCCUGUGCUUUUGCCUACUUCAUCUGGAUUACCACCAGGUUGGGAAGAAAAACAAGAUGAAAGAGGAAGAUCUUAUUAUGUAGAUCACAAUUCCAGAACCACUACGUGGACAAAGCCCACUGUACAGGCCACAGUGGAGACCAGUCAGCUGCCAGCGAGCCAGAGUUUUUCUGCAAGCCCUCAACCACAGGUCCCCACAAGUGAUUCGGCGCAGCAGGUGACUCAGCCGGCUGAAAUGGAGCAAGGGUUCCUUCCCAAAGGCUGGGAAGUCCGGCAUGCACCAAACGGGAGGCCUUUCUUUAUUGACCACAACACCAAAACCACCACCUGGGAAGAUCCAAGACUGAAAAUUCCAGCUCAUCUGAGAGGAAAGACAUCACUAGAUUCUUCCAAUGACCUUGGACCUUUACCUCCAGGAUGGGAAGAAAGAACCCACACAGAUGGAAGAAUCUUCUACAUAAAUCACAAUAUAAAAAGAACCCAAUGGGAAGAUCCUCGGUUGCAGAAUGUAGCAAUAACUGGACCAGCAGUGCCCUACUCCAGGGAUUACAAAAGAAAGUAUGAGUUCUUCCGAAGAAAGUUGAAGAAGCAGAAUGACAUUCCAAACAAGUUAGAAAUGAAACUUCGCCGGGCAACUGUCCUCGAGGACUCUUACAGGCGGAUUAUGGGUGUCAAGAGAGCGGACUUCCUCAAGGCUCGACUCUGGAUUGAGUUUGACGGCGAAAAAGGAUUAGAUUACGGAGGAGUCGCCAGAGAGUGGUUCUUCCUGAUCUCGAAGGAAAUGUUUAACCCUUAUUACGGGUUGUUUGAAUAUUCUGCUACGGAUAAUUAUACCCUGCAGAUAAAUCCAAAUUCUGGAUUGUGUAAUGAAGAUCACCUCUCCUACUUCAAGUUUAUUGGCCGGGUAGCUGGAAUGGCAGUUUAUCAUGGCAAACUGUUGGAUGGUUUUUUCAUCCGCCCAUUUUACAAGAUGAUGCUACACAAACCAAUAACACUUCAUGAUAUGGAAUCAGUGGAUAGUGAAUAUUACAAUUCACUAAGAUGGAUUCUUGAAAAUGAUCCAACAGAACUGGACCUCAGGUUUGUCAUAGAUGAAGAACUUUUUGGACAGACACAUCAGCACGAGUUGAAAGUUGGUGGAUCAGAAAUAGUUGUCACCAAUAAGAACAAAAAGGAAUAUAUUUACCUUGUAAUACAGUGGCGAUUUGUGAAUCGAAUCCAGAAGCAAAUGGCUGCUUUUAAAGAGGGAUUUUUUGAACUAAUACCACAGGAUCUCAUCAAAAUUUUCGAUGAAAAUGAGCUCGAGCUUCUUAUGUGUGGGUUGGGAGAUGUCGAUGUGAACGACUGGAGAGAACACACCAAGUACAAAAAUGGCUACAGCGUCAAUCAUCAAGUCAUCCAGUGGUUUUGGAAGGCUGUUUUAAUGAUGGAUUCAGAAAAAAGAAUAAGAUUACUUCAGUUCGUCACUGGCACGUCUCGAGUGCCUAUGAAUGGAUUUGCCGAACUAUAUGGCUCAAAUGGACCACAGUCUUUUACAGUUGAACAGUGGGGUACCCCUGAAAAGCUGCCAAGAGCCCAUACGUGCUUUAAUCGACUGGACUUGCCACCCUAUGAAUCAUUUGAAGAAUUAUGGGAUAAACUUCAGGUGGCAAUUGAGAACACUCAGGGUUUUGAUGGAGUUGAUUAGAUUAUAAGUAACAAUCUAGGGUGUUUUACUGCCACGUUUUUUAAGCAACAUCUUGACUUAAAAUUUUCCGGGGAACUACUAAAACUUAGCCAUUGAUUCUUCCCAGAUAUUGGAGAAAAUCACAUAAAUGCAUUAGAAGAAAUAGUGUGACGACUUUACCAGUAUUUCAUCCCCUUUAAAAGAAUGUGUUGGAUUUACACAGUUGUUUCAUUCUAUCUUUAGAGUUCACACUCCAGGACCCAAGUCCUUUGUGCCUGAAAUAGUGAAUGUGUCCUUAACAUUUACCUCUUUUCCAGUAUUCGCCAGGCAGUCCUUUCUUAAACUACUGAAAUGAUAACUGUGAAAUAUUUGUGAUAAGUGUCAUGUGUGAAGAGUUUGAUGCUUUUUGAGAAGGAAAACCCAAAUUUGGAAAAGGAGACUUAAAUAUUGAGUAAACUACACUAUAUUUAGUGCUGCCUACAGUUAUUUAUUGCUCUGUAGACCUAUCUAACGCACCUUACUGCCCAGAUUUUUGGAACAACCUUGGAAAGUGUGUUACUAUAUUUUUAGUCAACUGACUCACUGGCAAUAACAACAACAAAAAUUGUUUACUUCUUCAUUUUAAAAGUAUUUGGUUUUUGUUCAUAUGUGGUUUUGCUCAACAAAGUGGUGUAUAAGACGUGAAGCAAAUUCAGAUUUGCAGAGGGUGGAAAGUAUUAACGCCGUCCUCUUGCCUCCAUAUCCUUAUGGUUCAUCGGAGUAGUCAUCACUCUCAUGUUGUAGUUUAGUUCAAAGAAUUCCUUCUUCCCACAGUAAGCUAAAGCUCCACAAAGCAGUAUUUCUAAGUAUGUCUCGAAGAGCUAAGUUCAAUGUAUAGUACUUGCCUUUACUAGACAUUCUUUACACUUGCACAAUUAUGUAGUAACUCUAUGUUUACAGGGUUUAUUAUGUUUACACAUUAAGCUAAUUCCUGUAGUUGCCUUUUUAUAUUUUUAGUAUGUCACUUUAGUCAUAAAACCAAAUAAUUUGUUAAAAAGUAACCAAAGAAUAGCUAUAAUGCAUAAUUUGUAUUAAAUUUAUUACCACAUUUCUUAUGCUUUUUAAAAACCAUACUGUUUACUUUGAAAGUGAUGAUGUUUUACUAUAACUCCCAAACUCUUUAGCAAAAUGUUACAGAUAGAAUCCUAGUUGAAUCAAAUUCAAGUACCUGAAAACCACCUCCAUCCAACAAACAUGUAUGAAAUGUCUGCUGUGCACAUAGUACUGUGCGAGGCCCUGGGUGAGAGUCGUCAGCUCCCAAGAAAUCUAGCUCAGCCCUCAUCCACAAGGAACUUACAGCGUGUGAAAGCAUUUUUAAACCAUCAGUGUAGCGGUGCGCAGAACAAGGCGAAAGGUGCCUGCCACGUAGUACGCCAAGACUGUGUUUCUAUCGGAAUGAUUCUAUAGAAAACGCUCUUGCGAAAAGUUAAACCUGUUUCUCAAUAUGGUAUCUUGGGGAUUUAGGAAUCAUUGUAAAUAUCAUAUAAGUGUUAUGAAUCCUCUUAAAUACAUAUAUGUACAUAUCCUCUGAGAGUUGUAAGAGGUGCUUCUGGCUAUUGGUUUAAGUUGGUUGGUAUAAUAAGAUGGUUACCUGCUGGCCCCUGGUAGAGAUCUCGCACGUGACAGUAGCAAAACCACUUUCCAAACAGCUCAGCUUCGGGGAAGGAACUCACAGAUCACCGCACUCUGUUUCAUCUCCACUUGAGCUAACCAGCGUUCAGGCAAGAUCGGCAGGCAGGUGUAGUCCGUAAUUUUAUCACUCACCUGCUGUUUAAACUGAAGCAACUUAUUCAACCUCUCUGGGCUCCCUGUUUCGUCAAAUGGGAAUCAUCAUGCCCACCCUCAGCGCCACGUCAGAUGGCUGUUUCGGAGAGGUGUCUUGUAAAGUAUUCUACAAGCAGAAGAUGCUUUGUGUCGGCCGUCAGAUUUUGUCAAAUCAGGCGUGGACACUAACUAUACUCCCAAAGAAGGAUCUCUUUAUUUAAAAAUAAACGGACUGCUAAAAGACAAGGAAGUAGGAACAUCUCUGAUACCGAAUACAUACACACAUACAUGCAUACAUAUGUUUAACAAUGCAUGGGUCUUACCAUCAGAAUCCAUUGUCUCCACGUCAGCAACGUAAUUAACAUGGGCCAGUAAAUUUUGGAAUGUUCUCAUUAUGUAGAACUGAAUGUGAAAACUAGUUUUGUUCAAACAGAAUUUUACCACCUGCGUGCUUAAAUGUCACUUCUGUAAAAUACCAUAGCCGAUAUCAGAGCUUGAGAAAAUAUAAAGCUCGCUGUUCAACUGAUGUUCAUUUGGAUGAUCCUGUAAUAAGACCAGGGUGUUAAUAAGACCAGACUUACCCCAUCAGCCCCCAGCCACAGGCCAUCAUCCCCCUGUCUCCCAGCGGUGGGCUGACAGUCUGGGAGGAACCUGUAUCCGGCAGCACAGACAGAACAGCAUCUCUCAUGCAUCCUAUGGCUGGAGAGUAGGUGGGGUCAUUUUCUUAAAGCAUAUUUUUCUAGAAAUGAUAAGCACACAAUUUUAGCCUAUAUUUUCUCUGUAAUCAAAUUUUAACAUCGACAUAAAAUUGUAUUACAAAUGCAUUUCCUCCUAACUGAAAUUUAAAUGCUAUUUGUUUUCAUUCUUUAUUUAUAAUACUAAAAUUAUUCCGUAUAAUUAUUAAGUUAAACACAAUUUGUCUGAUUCUAAGCCAUUUGACCUUGUUUUUAAAAAUCCAAUAUGGUAAAUCUAUAUAUAUAUCAAGAUUAGUGUAUCAACAUUUAUUGAAUACUUUAAAGUAUAAAAUCAUUUUUUAAAGAUCUUGAUGCCUCAAAUAAAGUUCUAUUCUCAUUAAA